AUUUCGGUGACAUACUCGCCCUCAACUAGGUUAAUCUCGUUAUCCUCUGCUUUUUCAUAAUCGUAUACUACGAGAGCACGAGUGGACCCAGAUUUCGCCGCUGCAGUCUGUGGUGGUUCUGGGUGGUGUUCGGUUGCACCCGCUUGAGCAACGGCGCGGGCGUCGUCGUGGGCACGUUCAUCGUCUAGGUUUUCUUCGCGGGGAAGCUGGUUCUCAAGGGAACGGACUGGUAAUGCAGCAGGCGGCGAAUAUUGCUCUUCAUGUGCAUCGGGUAUCUUUUCAGCUGCGGAUCCCAUACCUACCGGCAUCGCUACUCUAAUGGGGGAGCCAGGGAUAGAAGCGGGAGAUUGGGGGGUUGGAGAACGAGGUUGCUGAGGCGGCGUUGGAAUUGGCUGGCCUUGAUCUUCAUAUGGCUCUUCAGGUUCUGUGGGCCGUGAUGGAAGGCCGGGAAUUGGAACACGAGUGGCGCCAGGUUUAUUGGAGGUAUCCAACCGGGGCGGGGACGGAGCCGAACGUGCAUAGUCAGACCCCGGGGCGGUAGUACCCAUUGGCGGGGUGUUCGCAAAUCUAUCACGAAUAGAGCCAAUUCCUCCACGUGGGAUAUUUCGUUCUUCCUCUUCGUGUUUUGGUGGUGUGUUGGUUUCAUCUAGUUCACUGCCAGAACGUUGGUGGCCUGCACCACUGCCACCCGUGUGCGUAGUUUGAACUGGCGCCCAGGAUUUGCCAGUAUAUGAACUUUUCCAUCCAGCCCCGCCGCUGGACUGGCUUUGCAAUGGCUGUUGGCUUUCAGCAAGCGAAGGGCCGGUUUCCACUGCACCGCCUCUCUCCCGGGCUUUCUUUUCAGCCCAUAGCUGUGCCGGUGUUUUCCCCCCUUGAUCAGCGAACGUUCGGCUUGCGCCAGACACUGUGGUAGCGUUUGUGGCUGGGGUUACGCUAAAUGCCCCAGGAACCGGAGCUUUCGUACCCGUAAAAGUAGAAGCGCCCGAAAACUUGUUGGUAACUUUUGGCUUGGGAAGGCUCGUGAGUCGAUCCGAAGAAGAGAAUGCGGCAGACCGCUCUGCAAGGGUCCUUCGUUCUUCACUACCGCCUGAGCCUCCAGUUAUCGCGGGAGAUAUAUUUCCAGGCGAGGCUUGAGAGCUGCCAGACGGCCUCUGUACUCUUGCUCGGAUCGCUGCUAUGUCUACUUUUCCGACAGGCUCAUAGGCACCCUUUACUGGUUCGGGACGAUCAUCGUUUGACUGACCAGAUUCACGCGCCUGUCGGCGAAUGGCCGCAAUAUCUACUUUACCAACUGGUUGAUAAGCACCUUUGACAACAUCGCCUGAAGAAGGUUCGUCCGAAUGGCGGGACUCAAACUUCGAUGUGCUCGGUUUCUGAGACAUAAUUUCCUGCAUGUUUACCUUUGUCGGUUGAUACGCAGGUUUGACCUUUUCAAGUUGGGUUCUUGUAACUGGUGGCGCAUCUGCUCCCCAGCCAUCGUCGUCAACAUUUUCUUGCGUCGGUGCCGCUGCGCGGGGUGUUCCACCCAAAGGUUUAAAGGCACCGCCAGACCGGGAUGGAGUAAAUACUGGUUUGUAUGCGACAGUCGGUUUCGUGCUAGAUUUAACAGGCGCAGAGGCAUCUCCUGCAGAGUAUUUUGAACCUGAGGAAUCUGCAACUUUCUGUACAAUACCUUCUGGAGUAAGGUCCCGGUCCGAGCGAGCGGAAAUUUGAACAUGAUAUCCCUGUCUAUGUGUUAGUCAAAGUUACAUGUAGCAAGGCCGCCAUAACGCACAUGUAGGAGUUUAGAAACAGCAGCCAGAUGGCUUGUAAAAUAUCCUUUUGUUUUCUCCGGGACUCCCUCGCCGCACCAGCCAAUCAGGACAUUUUUCGGGAGGCCAGUGUUUGGAUCUUUAACCUUCACAUACGCAAACUGUAUCCUGCCGUCGGAAAAAUCCUCGAUAAGGUCUUCAAGUUCCCCCUCUGUUCGAAUUUGUUAGCUACGAGGUAAAUCCUUAUAACAACUGGGCACGAGGCAGAAUAAAAGCAUACCUCCACUGCUUUGGACCUUCAAAACACUCUCCUUGCCUGCACUAUCUUGCUGGAAUGCGUUGACCAAAGGUGUUGAUACUGCAAAUAUCGCCCACUGUCCAUAUGUCGGUGAAGCUGCAGCCGGGCCAGUUGGAGGUGAAGCCUCUACUACAGCUCGGUAGCUUUUCGAGAUUGAUGGUCCAUUGGUGGACAAGUUUAAAGACGCCAUGAUGAGGUGUGGACGGGGUUAACGUAUCCGGAGAGAUCCGGAAUGAUAGAGAAAUAAAUACCGGCGGCAAAUACUUUUAGGCUGCGGAACAGUAAAUGAUAUUGAGUCAACUAUUAAAUGGCCCAGUUCUCCAGGGAUAUUUCAGCGCAAUGGUUGCCUUGGGACUUACGUGGCUCGGUGAACGGGAAGAAGAAAGAUGUGGUAUAGGAGCUGGGAACCACUUAUGCCCCAGAAUGCCCGUCAAGCAGCCUAGAAUAGUCCUCCCUCAAGCUGGCGGAUGCGAAUGGAAUGGAUAUUGCUAAGCUCGGAUAGGGAGCCAAAUCGGUAACUGGAGCAGGAGGAGGGCUAGUGAAUCUCUAGAUCGUUGGGUGAGACCGUGAGGUGCGGAGCCACGUACGAAGGGUAUACGAUGGACAGGAGUGAAAUCAGACCAGAAGAUAUAGCGUGUAAAGGACCUUAUGUAGGGAUGUAUUCAGGAUAAAUUCCAAUUUGGAUAGCUUAUUGCUUCCCAAGGGCUGUAUUGACUGUGUUGCGUUGAGGUUCUGGCAUUUGCCCGGGAACGAAGGGUGGGGAGUUGUGGGCGCUGAGUAAGACCAAUAAUGUGGCGCAUGACGUCUGAGGCUGACGGAAUUCUGUUUACCUCUUGUGGCGCAGCAGCGGUGCAUAAAUCAUGUGACUUAAUGCCGAGCACCGGGCCGACUCGAGGCCGGCCUGCUUCCCGACACGUGUUCUGAUUGGUCGAUAGAGUGAGGCGUGGCCGGACAAACCCCGCUCCGAACUGUCCCGUUUGGGGAAUUCCUUUUCAGCCUCCGCUCCUUUUCUUCGAUCGCUUUCAACCUCCAUCAACCAACAACAACCUGCCAUCACCCUUCGUUCCAGCUACCAUCUCGAUCAUGCCCAGCGGCCAACAUUAUUUUAUCUAAAUAUUCUAUUUUCAGGUGUAGGUGUAGCGUGGCUGCCAGCUACAUUUAUUGCCCCGGUUCUGUUUUCUCGCUGCAACGUUACUCUUGCGCGCUGUUGCCCGAUUUCUGUACUCCUCCAAAGAUCAACUUGCGAUACACUUUCAUUCUCGCUCUCUUGACUCGUCUCUUCGUCUCUCUGUCUCUCUAGGGAAUCACAUCUUGCCAUCAUUGGAGCUGUGAUCUUCUCUUUUUUUGCUCUGCCUUGAGGUUUUUGUACCCAUAUUUCCUGCCUUUCGCGACUUUGCUCUUCUUUUCUUGCCUUCUCGUCCCAUCUAACAACAUUUCACUGGUUCUCUUCGAAAGGUGUCUUUGGUUUUGCCAGCUUGUGCUUUUAAUUCACCUUGUUCCUCUCUAGCUGGCCGCCUCCCAAGGAGGAUCGAUCCAAGUAUCCUUGGACUAUCGAACGCGUAUACUCGGAUUGGUCUUUCCUCCUAUCCUCUGUUCGGCUCUAGGUGAUUCCAAAUGGACCUCUUCUCAUGUUGUGUCUGCUUGAUUCACCUCUGAGCCUCUAUCUUUCUACUCUUCCUCUCCUCGUUCAAGGAUAUAUAUACCUUGGAGCGUGAUUGUUUUGAUCCCUCUUCGCAUUUCUUUUCUUUUGCCAGUCAUACCUGCAACCGCAGGCGUUGUUUGGGAGCCAUGCCAGAAGCUAUUUCAUCACCCGACAGUGACGGCUCCUCGUUUGAUCCAUAUACAUCCGAUAUCACCGUGGAGCAAACUCAUUCAUAUCAGCAAUCCAAUGGCUCAGCAGUUGAUAUGAAUGCCUCUCCGAGUUUUCACCAACAAUCUCAGGUUCCUGCUGUAUCAACUGAUCAUGCCGCCGAUCUUGAAGACACGAAUCUCACAAUACAUCACCGCUUUCCUAGCCAGCAACGCAAUGAUAAUCAUACCCAUCUGGGCCAGAUUCGGAAACGAAAGCGGUCGACAGACGGCUUGGAUAUGCCCCUACACUCCAGCGAAUAUCCUGUCGAAACCCUCCAGGGACUCGGUGGUUCGCCUAGUAUGGACUCUCAUGAGCCACAUGCAGUGGAAUUUCCUCAGGAUAGCUUCAAACGUUUGAAAUCCAACGAACUAAACGGGCCAUAUGUCCCUCCCACGAAGAAGAUCCAGAAUCAGGGAACAGCGUCUUUUGGAUCUAUGUUGCCUGGAGAAAUAUGGCAGCAUAUCUUUACUUUUCUUCCUCCUACCACACUAGGUCGCCUUUUGUGUGUGAACAAGACAUUCAGGUCCCUUCUCACCCCAAGUGAGGCAGAAUUACCGGGCUUUCCUCAAGCGUCAGGGCUUUUGAAAUAUCUAAACCCUAAUUCCAUCUGGUCUGUUUCUCGGAGAGCGUUCCACCCGGGAAUGCCACGCCCAAUGUCUUUUCUAACAGAAUUAGAAAUGUGGAACCUUAUCUCUGGAAGCAAUUGCCAGCUCUGUGGAAAGCUCAGUUCUUGUUCAUCCUUAACUGAUAGUACAAUAUGGGAAGCUGGGCCAGGCCUAGAUGGAGUCAGCAUUAUAUGGCCCUUCGGAAUUCGAUCCUGCGGAGAAUGCAUACAGGUCAAAUCUGAAAAGGAAAUGGAUCUUUUGUUCUCUUCUAAUCUGCCAUCUAUGCUAAUCCCAUCACUCCCUUUCGCGUUCUUUACUCCUUCGAUGCAUUUUAUUUCCUCAAUAACUUUGCGCAACAAUCAGCCCCCAGGCGACAUUUCACUGACUAAACGUUUUUACAAAGUCCACAUUGAUGACAUGAGGCGUAAGUUUGAGGAUGUUAAAUCACUUGGCCCUGCCGCUACAGAGGAGUGGAUUAAAGGUCUCGAAGGUAAUGGCAAAGACAAACUUGCCGAUGCUGCCCGCUGGGAACAAUGGGAAGCAUCAGGUGGUAUUCGAUCCGUUAGACUGUCCCGUGGUAACCGCAACGAGGUCACUUUGCGGUUAUCUUCCAUGGACUCGGGUGCAAAGCACCAGCCUGUGGAUACCACCUCUGGACAUCAUUCUGGACAUUCUGGAAAUUCUACUCCACUCACCAAUGACAGAGUUACCAAUAAUGACCAGCGCAGUCCAGCUAGUCUUUCAAAUACUUCUGGCUCCAAACUCCCUCCACUUUCCUCGAGUCGCGAUUCAAGCCAGCCUCUACCUUCAUCGAGUUCCGCACAUCACCCACGCACUGAACGUAGCCUCCGAGAAGUAAACGAAGCGAAAGCAAGCCGCAAAGCAGAAAUAGAACGACGCUGUCUGGAGCUUGUACCUCCCUUAACACCCGCUGUUCUGAGCCACAUGGAUUCGUUUUCAGCUGCCAUUCAAAUUCCACACCCGUUUACUGACCGUGACUGGGAUAUUUUGAAACCUCGUCUACUAUCACAAAGGGAUGUUGCUGAACGUCGAGAACGUUACAGGAUAAAACAGGACCAGCUUCUUCAGGCCAAGUCGGAAGAGCGUCGUCAGCAUGACGCACAGUUCAAAGAGGCCAAGGAGCAGCAGGACAGGGAAUGGGAUGAAGCCCAAAAGCCUAUUCGAGAACGUAUGGCCUCGUAUGCAGAUGAGAUAAUCCGUGAAGGUUGGCGUGGCGGUGAUGCAGUUACCAAAGAAAAAAGCGCGAAAUUUGCGGCUGAUGUCCUUAUUUACGUCAAGGACAAGUUCUACAGGGACUUGGCUCAGGAGGACGCCAAAGCCCGUAACGCAGGAAAACCUAUUCCAGAGGAUCCUCCAGGUGCUCCACCAACGCGCAAACUGAUACUCGAAAAUAUGAAAUUCAUAUUUGAUACCAAGAUCAAACCACUGACAGAACAGUUUCAAAAAGAACUCUUCUUGUGCAAUGGCAAUGGCUGCGAAGCAAAUACCAAAUUUUAUGGUUUUGAGGGUGUAAUCCAGCAUUAUGCUGCCAAACACACCAAUGUGCUCAGUUUAGGCAGUGUCGUUGUUCAUUGGCGCGCUGAAUGGCCUGAACACUCCCCUUUCCAUCCCAACCCUACUGCUGCCAAAGCGCUUUUCUUUGCAAUGCCCCGGCCGACUGUGGGGCAUACCCUUGGUUACCCCAACCCUGGGGCCAUGUAUAUGCCUGGCUCAGAUCAGGGACAUCAUCACCCAUCAGAUGGAGGGCCGGGCUAUCCGCAACCUUCACCUGGACCUUAUAAUCGCACUCCAUAUGGAACUCCGUACGCUUAUGGAUCAGGUCCUUAUAGACCGCCAUCUCCUGCCCCUCCAUUUUAUCCUAACCAGCCUGCAAGUUUUCCGUAUUCGGUACCCCAACCUGGCUAUGCCCCCAGCGGGGCUUAUGACCCGUACGGCCCGCCUCAGCCUCCAAAUCCGGUAUAUGGCUCUCCUUAUCCAGGGCAAGCUUAUCCGCCGCCAUACCCACCACCUCCUGAUUCAAGGGCGCCUCAGCCAUACCAGCCGCCCCCAUAUCCUCCCCCGACCACCGGACAACCGCAAUAUUGUGCUCCAUACCCCACUAAUUCCCAUCCACCAAGGAGAGGUGGAGCCCAAGGGCACAAUUCAAACCCCAACAGUCAAGCCUUUGGCAUGUACCAAGUCCAGCUUGAUGACGUAGCCAAGAAUGCCCGCAGCGUUUGGAAUGGAACCUCGGGUAUCAAGGACUUGCCACAUAAUGUCCGGGCUCAUGUCCUCAUUCAUCAUGUUGUUUCCAGGUUUGUGGAAAGGUUUGGUCACGAGCCGCAAUUGACACUUUUCGCGGAUGGGUUAAGCAGCCAUGCUCAAAUGAGACCAAUAAAAAAUCUCAGCGGGUUGGUAUGCAAAACUUGUAACGACAACGACAUUUCUGGAAGACAGCAUCACCAUGACGCAGGUCGAACUGACCGCAAGAUAUAUACGCUUCCAGCUCUUGUUAGUCAUUUUCAAUCCAUGCACGUUGAUCGUACUAAGCCGACUGGCCCACAUUCUGGGCGCGAACCUCGGUUGCUGGAAUGGCAAUAUGACAUGUUACUCGUGCCAGACAAUCAAACAAUUUCAGAGUUGGUCGAUGCCCCUGGUAUGGACGACGCCAAAAUGCAACUAAUUUCGGCUGCUUUCCCGUGGGUGUUCCCACAGGCCCCAUCAAUCAGUCACACACCAGCGUCAAACUUGAGCGAUAGGAGACGUCCCGAACCCCGCGAUUCAAAACAGUCUAAACGUUCUUACCCCGGCAACACUCGCGCCAAAUUUGCGGAACAGAAGGCAACAGAGCCAAAAAGUUUGUCCAGCCCAAACCAUGGUCUUGAAGUUGUAGUAGAUGACUUCCCUAGAUUCGUGGAGUCCCCUGCCAAUGAUGCCAAUCAACCUCCGGAUCCGCCUAAGGACGAUGAAUAUGAUCCCCAUAGACCUGCCUUCAUUGAGCCAGUAAGAGACCAACAUGGUCGAGUGGAUACCCGCAGAUCAAGGCAAAAUCAACCAUCCACCAUUCCUGCCAAAGACAGGAUCCAUAAUAUGCGAGACCAGGACCAGACCUCUAGCAACCGUUAUCCAGCUAGAACGAAAUUCCACCGAGCCCAGCCUAGCGAUGUGGAUCGUACGAAAGUUUAUCCUUAUGCCGAUCGCCAUCAACACCAUCAAUCUGACCCUUUGUCAAAGCCCGCCUCUCAAUAUGGAGGCCGCCCACCAAAGUCUGAAUACCCCCAUUCCGCUGUGAGCGGUUCUGUAACUGCCGAGCCACUUAACGAAUCCCAGAAAAUUAAAACGCCCGUGCGGAACGUCUCAGAGGAUGGGGAAGUCGAGGAAGCAAGCCAUUCGCAAGAGCGUCGCCCUCCGAGAGGGAUUCCCCUACAUGAAGAAAUGACAGAUGCAGAACGAUUUUUGAGUAGCUUCGUUCCUGGCCAAGAAACCGAAGAAUACAAGAAAGCGCCGUCUCGGGGUUCUGAGCGCCGAACAGAUGAAGCUCCUAGGGGCAAAUGGCUUGAGGGCCCAGAGCCUGAUGACCGGCGUUGGCGCAUUGAUGGAGGGACAGCCGAAAGCAGUGUUUCAGGAACUCCCACUCAUAGCAAACAACGCGGCAAUUGGAAUAGGGUUAAAAGCCCUACAAUUGGAGGGUUCCGUGGUGACUACGAACCCAAGCAUGAACACUAUGCUUCAUCUAGGCACGGUGACGAACGGUCUCCAGAACCUACUGAUAUCCGCCAUGGAAGGAAGCCCAUUGGGUUCUCAGAACCUCGGCACCAGUCUGAUUACCAAACGAGACGCCCUCACAGCAGAUUUGACAGGUAUGAAGCGCAAAGACAAGGUUCUCACCGCCCGCGCUCUCGUUCUCCGAUCGCCCGUGAUUCGCUUCCCGUUGAACCUACAUACUAUCGUGACCGUAGUCCUAUGCCACCCCGAGUUCGCCAGCGCCCCGUUUACGCUACCCACGCAUCGGAUCCAUACCAUGACAGAGGCCCAACAGAACAAAAUGUCGCGUACACUCGACUUCCCCCUCGUGGAACUUAUCAGUAUGUGGAAGAACCAAGAUAUCUGGAACCACCGUAUGACGGUACGGUAGAAUAUAUUCCUGUCAGAGUUGGUGGGCGAGAACACCAAAACACCAGUGCGUAUUAUAUAGAACGACCCGUGCAGCGAGAAGUAUCGAAGGAAUAUGUCGACUACGAGGUAGACUACCCGCGCCAACCCGGGCUAAUUGAACCCCAGGGUCAAUAUUACCCCGGUGAGACAGUCUCUCCAAACGCCCAUGGCGGCAGCAGCACAGUGCCUCGCCAUCUCCGAUACGGUUAACAAGGUGACUUGACUCUCUUGUUACCUCUCUCGCCGAUCCUUUUCUUUCUCUUUCUUAGCAUUUUCAUGAUGCUAUCUUCGUGUUAACUUCAAGAAGGAGAAGAGGUUUCUUGAUGUUAGCCUAACAUAACAGCGUGUUUUAAAACACACCUGUCAAAGCCAUUUAUUCUUUUAUUUUUUAUUUUUUUUUCAUCUUGUCUUGCACUCUGUCAGUAAAAUUACUGCAGUGCUCAACUCUAUCAAGAAAGCGAAUUUCCUCUCAUUCUUUUCCCUCUCUCCUCAAGCGAGGAGGAACUCUUAUCUUUACUGCCAUUUUAUCUUGUCUUUAUUUUUACGCUUUUCUAAUCUUUUAUUUAUCCUAGUUGUUACUCUUUCGUUGCCCUGUCAGGAAGAUGGUCACUUUGUGUGGAAACUUCCACCCUAAACCAUUUGAACCUUUUCCCCUGUUAUCUAUGAUCGGGUAUCCUCCUGAUUCUGCGUGCCUCUUUCUCAAUCGGUAUUUUUGGGAGUUACUUUUCCCUCCACGGUUUAUAUUUUCAUCCUUACUGUCUCGUCCCUAACGUAUCUUUCGCGGAAAUCCCAAGAUUUCUAAUUUUUACUUUUGUUUUAUCUUAUUCCUUCUACUUUUCAUAAUCAUCAAUUAGGAAAACUACAAAAGCGAGUGUUUUCAUUGCAGUUUUCCGAACCGUGAGGAGUUCGAACUUGGCGCAAAAUAGUGGCCAAACCCCGGUAUUAUGAGAUAUAUGUUAUAUAUAAUCCAGCCUGUCGAUUUUGCCACUUACUGUAUCCUUUUCUUAGGGCAGAAAAAGACGACAACAGCGUCUUGCUUUUGCUAUAUUGUACUAUUUCAUGCCGAUUCCACUGUUUUUUCUAGUUUUUCCUUUUCUUCGUGUACGCUCAACAUCUUCGUCCCUUUUCAUGUAGUUUGCCGUCGUCACAACGGCUCUGUCUAAUCGUUAAUAAUAAGUCCUGUACUAUUAGAUUUUUGUACAGAGCAUUGCUAUAAUUUACCUUAUUUAUGGAGAAUAUAUUUGGAACAAUUUCUUUUUAAGAAAAAAAAUUGAAAAUUGAAAAUUGAAAAUAAGUUCAGCCAAGUUCAGCCGGA